UUCUGCAGCGAGCAAUGUUUAAUCAGAGAGAGAGAGAAAGAUCUGCUUAGAGAAGAAGAGAACUCUCGAAUCCAUCAGCACAAAUGGCUCGUGGAUCGCUUCUGAUCUGAGAGGAAAGAUCUACACAGAGCUCUUUGUUUCAUCAGCAGCAAUGUCUAGUGGAUUGCUUCUGUUCUUCUGGUUAAUCUCCUUUUUUCAUCUUAUAUCUUUGUCAACUUCAUCAAAAGAUACCAGUUUUGUCUUCAACGGCUUUGGAAAAGAUAAGCUUUCUCUUGAUGGGUCAGCUACGUUAUUGCCCAGUGGAUUACUGCAGCUUGCUAAAGAUUCGCAGCAUCAAAUGGGGCGUGCUUUCAUCAAGAAGCCCAUCGAGUUCAGCUCCUCUAAACCACUCUCAUUCUCAACACACUUCGUCUGUGCUCUGGUGCCUAAGCCAGGAAUCGAAAGCGGCCACGGCAUUACCUUUGUGAUAUCUCCGACAGUGGAUUUCACUCGGGCGCAGCCAGGUCGGUACUUGGGGAUUUUCAACGCCUCAACUAGUGGAUCCAAUAAAGCUUCUCGCCUGUUUGCUGUUGAGCUGGACACUAUUAAAAACCCAGAGUUCGAUGAGACAAACAAUAAUCAUGUUGGGAUUGAUGUGAAUGAUCCCAUUUCAGUCGAAUCAGCACCAGCUUCUUACUUGUCCAAAACAGACCAGAAGAAUGUGAAUGUUAACCUUUCUAGUGGAGAACCGAUACAGGUUUGGGUUGAUUAUGAAGGCACUCUACUUAAUGUCUCUGUGGCUCCUCUUGAUGUCAAGAAGCCAAGUCAGCCUCUUUUGUCACGUGCCAUCAAUCUCUCGGAAGUUUUUCAGAGUAGGAGAUUGUUCGUUGGGUUCGCUGCGGCAACAGGGUCAGCAAUCAGCUACCACUAUCUUCUUGGGUGGAGUUUCAGCACAAGCAGGGAACUAUUGCAGCCACUUGAUAGCUCAACGUUUCCUCGAGUUCCUCGGCCUAGAGUUAAGCAUAAGAAACCAUAUGCGCUGAUUAUCGGUCUCCCCACUGCACUUGCUAUCAUGGUAAUAGCUGUUCUUGCAGGAGUUUAUUACCACAGGAAGAAAAAAUAUGCGGAAGUGAGUGAGGCAUGGGAGAAGGAAUAUGGUACACACCGCUUCUCUUACAAAUCUUUGUACAUAGCAACGAAAGGGUUCCACAAGGACGGGUUUCUCGGAAGAGGAGGUUUUGGAGUUGUGUUCAGAGGAGAUCUCCCCGAGUCCAAACCUAUAGCUGUGAAGAGAGUUUCUCAUAAUGGCGAGGAAGGGAUGAAGCAAUUUGUGGCUGAAGUCGUGAGCAUGAGAAGUCUGAAGCACAGGAACCUCGUUCCACUUCUUGGGUACUGCAGGAGAAAAGGCGAGCUUUUGCUUGUUUCCGAGUACAUGCCCAACGGUAGUCUUGACCAGCACUUGUUUGAUGACCCAGGUCUGGAUCUUUCGUGGUCACAAAGACUUGUGAUUCUCAAAGGUAUAGCUUCUGCGCUCUUUUAUCUCCAUACGGGAGCUGAACAAGUUGUUCUGCAUCGAGAUAUCAAAGCUUCCAAUGUUAUGUUAGACGCUGAGCUAAACGGUAGGUUAGGAGAUUUUGGUAUGGCUAGGUUUCAUGAACAUGGAGGCAACGCAGCCACAACAGCAGCGGUUGGUACUGUAGGGUACAUGGCCCCUGAGCUGAUAACAAUGGGAGCUUCCACUGUAACCGAUGUUUAUGCAUUUGGUGUUUUUAUGCUUGAAGUAGCGUGUGGGAGGAAACCUGUGGAACCUGGGAUGGAAGUUGAGAAACGGUUUCUGAUCAAAUGGGUUUGUGAAUGCUGGAAGAAAGAUUGUUUGCUUGAUGCUAGAGAUUCAAGAUUUGGAGCAGAAUUUGUACCCGAGGAAGUCGAGUUGGUUAUGAAAAUCGGGUUGCUAUGUACGAACAUCGUGCCAGAAUCAAGACCAACAAUGGAACAAGUGGUUCUUUACUUAAACGAGAACCUACCAUUACCAGAUUUCUCACCCUAUACGCUUGGGAUCGGCUCGUUUACUCCUGUAGUGGUGGAUGCAGCCUCUCUUACGGGCACAUACACUUCAAGAAACUGGUCAGCUCCCUCAGCAUCUUCUUCAUCAGCCAACCACUCAAAGGAUCAUCAUGAACAACCAUUGGAAUCGAACAACUCUCUAAACGUAGUUACAGAAUCACAAGACAUCGAGUCUCGUCUCUCCAAGCCAACCAGUGGCUGCUAAUAAAGUUUUUGAGUAUCCAUUGCAUGUUAGUUAGAACACAUCGGCGUUGAGUGAUCUCCUCGAGAGUUCAUUCUCUUAGGAUACUCAUGUAUAACUUGUGAAUGUUUCACUUUCAGGUCUUCUUUGUAUUUCACCGUAUGUUUUUUUUUUCUGAAACUUUUUAGUGUUUGGGUAACUAUUGUUUUUUCUACUCAACGUACAUUCUUUGAUCUUUUUUGGCUUUAACUGAGCACCACCACUUGUAAGUUGUAACCAACUAAAAAUUGAUGUUCAUUGGA